CGCGAGACGAUGUUUUCCCGGUUACCCUGGGAAACGAGAGUUUGAUUCAAAGUAAACCCCGGUGAAGUGUGUGCGUACGGCGUCUUCUAGAAGAAUUUGCAAUGCGCAUGUUUUAGGUGACUUUUGCAAGGGAAAAUUCACUGGGGGGAAAAUGCCAUCACCUCAAGGAUUGCAGCCAGUCCUGAAGAUGAAAGUGGACGAGCUCUUCCUGAAUUGGUUGAGUGAACCAAACAUCCAGGUAAUGCUAAAAGACUACCUCAGGAAGAUCAAGAAUGGAGACGAGCUUGAGUUUGGAAAGGGUACUGGCAAUUUUACUGAAAACAACAACACUGCCUCAAACUAUAAUGUGACCGAGAGGACUUCUGCAUCUCUCGGCGCUCCCUGUAGUCCCCCCUCUGCCACACUGCCAUCCGGGAGCGGCAGCAGUAACCGAGCAGGACCAAACAGCAGGGCGCUGAGACGCUCAGUCAGCGUUAAAAAGGCCCAGUUUAAGAAAGAGGAGGCCGUUUCACCAGCGUUAAGCGAAAGCAUUCCGAAGUUCUACUUCCCUCGAGGGAGGCCCAAAGCCAAUAUCAACAUUGACAAUCUCAUUUCCAAGAUAGAGAAAAUAUUUUCUCAGUUUCCCAGUGAAAGAGUAACUAUUGAGGAUAUGGGGAAGGUUGCCAAGGCCUGUGAAUGCCCGCUCUAUUGGAAGGCUCCAUUGUUCUUUGCUUCUGGGGGAGACAGGAGGGGAUAUGUGUCUGUUCACAAAUUUGUGGCAAUGUGGAGAAAAGUGCUGCAGACCUGUCAUGAUGAUGCAUCCAAAUUUCUUCACCUUCUGGCCAAGCCUGGCUGCCCUUAUUUGGAGCAAGAGGACUUUAUUCCAUUCCUGCAGGAUGUGGUGGAUUCGCAUUCAGGCCUUGCUUUUCUGAAGGAGGCCUCAGACUUUCACUCGCGCUAUAUUACCACAGUAAUUCAGAGGAUAUUUUAUAAUGUCAACCGAUCAUGGACGGGGAAAAUAACAUGUUCAGAGCUACGGAGAAGCAGUUUUCUUCAGAAUGUGGCACUACUGGAAGAGGAGGAGGAUGUUAACCAGCUGACUGAGUACUUUUCCUAUGAACAUUUCUAUGUCAUAUACUGUAAAUUCUGGGAGCUGGACACUGACCACGAUCUAUACAUAGACCAGAGGGACAUGGCACGGCACAACGAUCAAGCCAUCUCCCACAGAAUGAUUGAAAGAAUAUUCUCAGGAACUGUAACAAGAGACCGGAAGGUUCAUAAAGAAGGCCGGUUGAGUUAUGCUGACUUUGUGUGGUUUCUUAUCUCAGAGGAAGACAAAAAGACUGAAACCAGCAUAGAGUACUGGUUCCGGUGUAUGGAUCUGGAUGGUGAUGGAGUUCUGUCCAUGUUCGAGCUGCAGUACUUCUAUCAGGAGCAGUGUCAGAAGCUGGAGACCAUGGCCAUUGAACCACUGCCAUUUGAGGACUGUCUCUGCCAAAUGCUGGAUCUGGUCAGGCCUGAGACGACAGGAAAGAUCACCCUCCGGGACUUGAAGAGAUGCAAGCUAGCUCAUAUAUUCUUUGACACUUUCUUCAAUAUUGAGAAAUAUCUGGAUCAUGAGCAGAGGGAUCCAUUCAUGGUGGCAAAGGAUGCUGAGAGUUUGGGACAGGAGAUUUCAGACUGGGAAAGAUAUGCCGCAGAGGAGUAUGAUAUUUUGGUGGCAGAGGAAGCAGCCAACGAGCAGUACAAUGAUGGUUAUGAGAACCCCUUGGUGCCAAUUGACUGCAUCUCCAGGCAGUUUGACCUGUACAGUGAGAAGAGGCACUUGUUUGAGUUCGCUAACCCUCACUGUAACAUGGAUCUGGAUGAGUACGACUACGCAGAUGAUUUUGAAUGACAGCCACUUACAGCGAUAUAAACAUCAGAACGAUCCACAGAUGCACAACACCCAGCAGAGCACAGCACAACAGGCCACGCGCAACUAACGCCAUGCCCGUAGCCAUUCCCUAUAAAUCACAUCAACACAGCCACAGGCAUGAGCUUACAAGUUCAUGUCUGUGUUCUGACUGGCCAAAGAGUGUGUCCCAGGUUCUAGUUAAGAUUCAAUACACAGAUAUCCUGGUGAAACACAUGAAGAGGAAGGCUUGUGCUCGCCCAGCACAGCAGCAGUGUAGAAUCAGCUGUACAGAGCCUGACGGCUCCGACUGAGCUCUGUGCCCGAGCAGCACUGGAUGAGCGCUAGACCUGUCAGGCUCGUCUGUCUGCACAGGAACCAAACGGCAGGUUAUUGAAGAACACUUGAAAUGCACAAUGUGCUCCAAGUGUAGAAUAUUUAACACAUAAUUGGCAAAUGUUACAUUCCACAAAUUAACCAAAGUGCCUACAGACUUGAGCUUGAUUUCAUUAAUGGUGUAUUUUUAAAGACGCUGUGUGUAGGAGUCUGAAAUGCCUCACACUCAGAGCCCCUCGGGGGGGGAACGGGACUUUUUUUUACAAACACUGUGCCUGCUGUCAGCCUCUGCAUUGCUGUUUCACAGAUGUGAACGUUGUUUUAAAUUAUAGAUUUAUUUAUAAAUAUUUGUACAUAUUUAUUUGGUGUUUGCUGUGUUUUGUUCAAAGUGUUAAGAUUUAUCUGAAUUUUAAAUAAAUCUUGUUCUUUUUCUAGAAAGGUAUCUUGGACAAUGUACUUUAAGAAUGAAAAAUUAAGCCCUUUUUUAUGAGUUCAAUAAAGUAUUAUAGCUUCAUUCA